AUGAAGUUUGGUUUGCUGGAAGCCACCCUCUUGGGUGCAGCUUCGGUCGCUAGUGCCAAGGAAUUGGCAUACUCUCCUCCCUUUUACCCGUCUCCAUGGAUGACUGGUGCUGGCGAUUGGACCGAGGCGCAUAGACGCGCCGUCGAGUUUGUUUCUAAUUUGACAUUGGCCGAAAAAGUCAACUUGACAACCGGUGCUGGAUGGGAACAAGAACGCUGUGUCGGAGAAACUGGUGGGAUUCCAAGACUUGGGAUGUGGGGCAUGUGCAUGCAAGACUCACCCCUCGGCAUUCGUGACAGCGACUAUAACUCCGGUUUCUCUGCGGGUAUCAAUGUUGCCGCUACUUGGGAUAAGCGACUGGCCUACGCUCGCGGUAUGGCCAUGGGUGAGGAACAUCGGGACAAGGGUGUGGAUGUGCAAUUGGGUCCUGUCGCUGGCCCACUCGGCAAGAACCCUGACGGUGGUCGCGUUUGGGAGGGUUUCUCCCCUGACCCUGUCCUCACUGGUGUUAUGAUGGCCGAGACCAUCAAGGGAAUGCAGGAUGCUGGUAUUAUUGCAUGCGCAAAACACUUUAUCGGAAACGAACAGGAGCAUUUCCGCCAGGCUGGCGAAGCUCAAGGAUACGGAUAUAACAUCACUGAGAGUGUCAGCUCCAACAUCGACGAUACUACCAUGCACGAGCUUUACCUCUGGCCCUUCGUCGAUGCCGUGCGUGCUGGCGUUGGCUCCAUCAUGUGCUCUUACAACCAGAUCAACAACAGCUAUGGGUGCUCCAACAGCUACACGUUGAACAAGCUGUUGAAGUCCGAGCUUGGCUUCCAGGGCUUCGUCAUGAGUGACUGGGGUGCUCACCACAGUGGUGUUGGUGAUGCCCUUGCUGGUCUGGAUAUGUCAAUGCCCGGUGAUGUGAUUCUGGGAAGCCCUUACUCUUUCUGGGGUACAAACCUGACCAUCUCCGUCCUGAACAACACUAUCCCCGAAUGGAGAAUUGACGACAUGGCUACUCGCAUUAUGGCUGCCUAUUACAAGGUCGGCCGUGACCGCCACCGCACUCCUCCCAACUUCAGCUCCUGGACACGCGACGAGUAUGGCUAUGAGCACUUCAUUGUCAAUGAGAAUUUCGUCAAGCUUAACGAGCGUGUCAAUGUGCAGCGUGACCACGCCAAGGUUAUUCGCAAGAUCGGCGCGGACAGCACUGUUCUCCUGAAGAACAACGGUGGUCUUCCCUUGACUCACAAUGAGAAGUUCAUCGGAAUUCUAGGCGAAGAUGCAGGAUCUAACCCUGACGGCGCCAACGGCUGCGCCGACCGUGGCUGCGAUAACGGCACUUUGGCUAUGGGCUGGGGCAGUGGUACUGCUAACUUCCCUUACCUGAUCACUCCCGAGCAGGCCAUUCAGAACGAAGUGUUGAACUACGGCAAUGGCCAGACUAAUGUCUUCGCUGUGACUGACAAUGGUGCUCUUGAUCAAAUCGCCGCUAUUGCCGCCCAAUCUAGCGCUGCUUUGGUCUUUGUGAACGCUGACUCCGGCGAGGGCUUCAUCAACGUUGACGGCAACGAGGGUGACCGCAAGAACAUGACUCUCUGGAAGAAUGGCGAGCAGGUUAUCAAGGCUGCCUCCGAGAACUGCAACAACACCAUUGUCAUUAUGCACACCCCUAGCGCUGUCCUGAUUAACGACUGGUACUUGAACCCCAACAUCACCGCUAUUCUCUGGGCUGGUCUCCCCGGCCAAGAGAGUGGCCGUAGCUUGGUGGACGUUCUCUACGGUCGCGUCAACCCCGGUGCUAAAACCCCAUUCACCUGGGGCAAGUCCCGCAAGGCUUACGGAGCUCCCAUCCUUACUGAGCCCAACAACGGCGUGGACGCUCCUCAGGACGACUUCACCGACGGUGUUUAUAUUGACUACCGCCGCUUCGACAAGGACGAGGUGGAGCCUGUUUACGAAUUCGGCUUUGGUAUGAGUUACACCGACUUCGCUUUUUCCGACUUGAAAGUUAAGUCUCUGAAGGCCGACAAGUAUGUCAAGACGACCGGCUGGACCAAGGUUGCUCCUAUACUGGGCAAGGUUGGCCCUGUUUCCGAGUACCUGUUCCCCAGCGGCAUUAAGCGCGUCACCCAAUACCUCUACCCCUGGUUGAACUCCACCAACCUGAAGGAGUCUUCCGGUGACCCAUACUACGGCGAGAAGACCGAUGAGUAUGUUCCUGCCGGUGCCACCAAUGGCUCUGCUCAGCCCCUUCUACCCGCUAGCGGUGCCAAUGGUGGCAACUCUGGUCUGUUCGAGGAUCUCAUCCAGGUCACUGCCACUGUUACCAACACUGGAAAAUUGACUGGUGAUGAAGUUCCCCAGCUUUACGUCUCCCUCGGUGGUCCCAACGACCCACCCAAGGUCCUUCGUGCCUUCGACCGUGUUACCAUUGCCCCUGGCGAGAAGCUCCAGUGGACCGCUACCCUGACCCGCCGUGAUUUGUCCAGCUGGGAUGUCCCAGCCCAGAACUGGGUUGUCACUGAUCACGCGAAGAAGGUGUAUGUUGGUAACUCAUCCCGCAAGCUGCCUCUUUCGGCCGACUUGCCUCGUGUUCAAUAG